UUUUAUAAUGUUUUUAUAAUAGUCGCCACAGCUUAAAAUUAUUACGAUGAAGUAUGAAUAUUGACGAUAAUCAUUAUAUGUAUAUAUUAUAAAUGAUUAAAGAUUUUAAAAAGAGAUCUUGAUGAUAAAAACUAUCCAUUCAAUGAAAUUUAAGCUUAGUACUAAUUAUCCUUUACUUAAAAAUGGUUGUUUGUAAAUUUUUUCAACAAGGAAACUGCCGUUAUGGGCAAAGUUGUAGAUUUGAACAUAUUUUUGGCAACAAAUAUUCCUAUCGAGCAUCACAAUCAAAUAAUGGAAGAACAAAUGGAGAAGUGGUUGACAACAGCAUGAGACAAGGAAACGAUGCUGCAUCAUUAAUAUUCCGAAGUGCUGUACAAAAUAAUUCAGUUUUUAAUAGUGUUCCCAAUUAUGAACAAAAUAGUCAAUCAAGGGUAUCCGUUUUUAAUAGAUUGGGGCCCCAACAAAAUCCAUCAGUCAGUUUUCAGAAUAAUCAAGCUAAGUCAAUAUUUGCUCAGGCAAAUCAGAGUACCUUUGGGCAACCAGUGCCAACCAGAACAGUUUUUCAAACACAAAAUCAAGAGGUGGCUAAAUCAUUAUUUGCUCAAGCGAGUCAAAACAUAUUUGGUCCUACACAAACCAGGAAUACUUUCAAUCAGACUACAAAUACUGCAGCUAGUGUGUUUGCGGGAGCAGCCCAAGGUUUACACCAUAACAAUUUAUUUAACCAACAAUUGAGUUCGCCUUUCAGCAAUAAUUCUCAAAAUAUUUUUCAAAUAUCUAAUAAGCCUGCAUCAGAUGUUUUCGGUGUGAUUGGAAAUACAUAUGAUCAAAACAACAAUGAUGAAGGCAUUUAUAGUAACUUGGAAGAUUUAUCAAAAAGUGACCUUGAAGCUUUUGAAAGUUUAGAUUUUAGUUUAGGUUCUAUACCAGAGCUACCCCCUCCCAAGAGUCUCUGUGUAUAAAUGCUACAUUAAAGUUAUUUGUAAUAAAAGAUGGUAUAAUAGUUUUACAAUUUAAUUAAUAAACUAUUUUUAUUUAA